CGCGGCGGGGAGCGAAGAGGUUAAGUUACCGCGCAACAACAUUGCGGUGCGCGCAACAACAAAUCGCGUGUACAGACACCUGUUCUCCCACUAGACGCAGCUACAGAAGAACGCGCCUUCUGGGAAUGUGAACGGGUACGAACGGUUACGGUAAGGGUCGACUAUAUAGAAACGCUCCGACGUGACGUAUGCGGUGUGCAAUGACAUGCGAGGCGCGGAACAGCUGAUCCUCACGCCUCGAGGCCGCCGCGGCGAGACUGUCGAAGAAGCGGGUGCCGCUAUCUCUGCUCCUCGCGGCGAUUGUCGCCGACGGCGGUUCGACGAGCGCGCGAAGAGAGGCAGUGCGAAGUCGAGACGUAGUCGCGGGACGCCGCACCUCCGAAUCCACCCCGAGUGGUUGCGCUCGGCCGCGCGAAUUAACCCCCUCCCCGUCUACUCCCCCGCCGCCGCGACGUCCUUGGGUAGAUAGCUCAGUCGUAUAACGUCCAGGAUUAUGGCCAGUCCGGUGGUCGGCACCGGGUACAACUUCAAAGUGGUUCUCCUCGGCGAGGGAUGCGUCGGCAAGACCUCGGUCGCCCUUCGGUACGUCGAGGACAAGUUCAACGACAAGCAUAUCACCACGUUACAGGCGUCGUUCCUGAAUAAGAAACUAAACAUCAACGGGAAAAGAGUGAACUUGGCGAUAUGGGACACUGCCGGGCAAGAGAAGUUUCACGCAUUAGGACCAAUUUAUUACAGAAUGUCCAAUGGUGCCAUUCUCGUUUACGACAUUACGGACGAGGAUACCUUCCAAAAAGUGAAGAACUGGGUGAAGGAGCUUAAGAAGAUGUUAGGUAGUGAAAUUUGCUUAGUGAUAGCAGGUAAUAAAGUGGACCUGGAGAAGGACAGGAACGUUGCCAUAGAGGAAGCGGAAGAGUAUGCCAAACAGGUUGGCGCUAUGCAUUUCCAUACAUCGGCCAAAUUGAAUCAGAACAUCGAGGAGAUGUUUUUGGACUUGACGCAGCGCAUGAUGCAACGCGCGGACGAGGCCGAGCAAAAGUCCACGCUCACGAGGACCAAUAGUACGCGCCGCAAUGUCGUGAUGGUCGAGGACGAGGCGGAACAAACGCAACCGAGUAGAAGUUCCUGCUGCGGCAGUGGCGGUGGCAGCGGUGGCGGGGGUAACGGUGGUGGUAACGGCGGUUUUUCGUAGACCUUUAAAAUCAAUUUUUAAAGGUUCGAUUCCAGAUACAAGGUCUAAUUUCGAUAAUUCACCAACUAUAUACGGAAUGAUGCAUCUCAGAUGUGUGACAAAUUAAUAUCUGCAAAUAGUAGUUGCGUCACAUUACGAAUGUGCUUCAUCCUGUAUGUAUACGUGGACGAGUGAGUUAUGUAUUUGUGAAUGAAUGUGCAUGUGUAUGCCUAUAUAUAUAUAUGUAUAUUUUUAGCUUUGCGGCAAUUCUUGGAUAGCAAAGAUACUUAUACUUAUAUACAUAUAUAUUAGUAGUGGAAGCUGUGACUUUGUGCACAUAAAUUUUCGAGGCAGAUUCCGUAUAUACUUGCUUUGAAGUGGGAAUUGAGGGAUGAAUUAAUAUUUUUUGAUGACUUUAGAUGUGCACAUGUCGAGCUGCGGCCUUUUCAUUGUCGUUCGCGAACGGCAUGAGAUAAGCCUCCUUUUUCCUGACAGAAUUGCCUCUCGAGUAUUUCAUAUCUGAUCAUCUUGACAAGACUUAUCAUUAAUUUCAAACUUCUCAUUCAAAGCAGUCACAAAACAAUACGUAAUAUAUACAAUAAACAAUACGUAUCGCCUCUUUCUAAUGGAUUUUUCUAUAUUCGCCGUACACAUGAAUCAUCAUGAUUCCAGGUAGUUCCUUUUUCGUAAAUACGAUCGCGCGAGUGGAGUGUUUUUCAAUUAUUCAAAUCAUGCGCUCAUAAUGAAGAGGAAGAAAUAGUCUGAAAUAGCAAUCUUGUCACAUGUUUCGAGUGCCUCAAUCUCAGUGCAACCGCGAAAAUUUUGUAAAAAAAAAAAAAGGCAAAAGCCUCGUCGUCCCGGAUCCUGUUUUCCCAUUUUCAUCUUCAAAUUUUCGAUAUAUCUAUGUCUUUGCAAUCCACAAAUUGCUACAAGCUGUUCAACUAAGAAUUAGCUAAUCAUUAGACGGGCGCGGUCUUGUCGCGAGACGAGGGCAUUUUGAAGGAAGAGCAAAAGAAGACUUUCGGCUCUUUUAUCCAAAAAAUGAUGGGUUAUUGUACAUAUUAAGUGCCGAUAAUUUUAUUGUACAAUGCAUUGAUUUGGACCGUAUAUUAAGUAACACGCAAUAUGUUUAUUCAUCUGAAAUUAUAUAAAUUAGCGAUACAAGAGAGUUGUUGUUUAAAUUAUUGUUACUUGUAAGUUAUUUUAUGAACAUAAAAUGGUAACUUGUAAUAA